AUGGCGUUUCGCAAAGUAAAGAUCGGUAUCAUUGGCUGUGGAGAGGUAUCACAGGUGAUACAUAUACCAAACUUCCAGCAUCUAUCGGAUAUUUUCACUGUCACUUACCUCUGUGACGUCUCUGCUGGGGCUCUGGAGCAUUGCAAGAGCAAAAUUUCGAACCCUAACCUAUGUACUACUAAGAAUGCGGAAGAGCUAUGCCAAUCUGGAGACGUCGAUGUCGUUCUCGUUGCGAGCAACGACGCUUACCAUGUACCGCAUAUCCUCCUCGGCCUGAAAUACAACAAGUUUGUUUUCUGCGAGAAACCGAUGGCUCUAUCACUGAAGGAUGCUGAGGUGGUGUUGGAAGCAGAAAGGCUUUCAUCGGGCAGGGUAAUGGUUGGGUACAUGAGACGGUACGCGGGAGCUUUUCUCGACGCCAUCAACGAGAUAGGUGGGAUUGGCGAGAUAUCUCAUGCAACCGUCCGGGAUAUCCUGGGUCCAAACUCAUGUUUUAUUUCACAGUCAGGGACUUUCCCAAAGAAGUUCUCGGACCAUAGUGAGGAUGAUGCAGCUGAACUUGCUACGAGGACAAGACAAGCUCUGGAACAGGCGUUGACGGUUGAGCUUGGUAUACCAGUUAAUCCAACAACUGCUAAUAUGUGGCAACACCUUACGGGGUUGGCUUCUCAUGAUUUGAGUGCUAUGAGAGAGUGUUUAGGUAUGCCAGCUAAGAUCCUCGGCGCUUCUAUCUGCUCAGAUACCGGCCCUCAGUUCUGGAGUGCCUUGUUUAAGUAUACGGGGUUUGCUGUCUGCUACGAGUCAGGAUGGGAUGAGAUACCUCGAUUCGAUGCAAGCAUUGAAGUAUUCGGAAAGACGAAGACCGUGAAAAUUUGCUAUGAUACCCCAUAUGUCAAAGGGCUACCUACGACCAUGGUUGUUCGGCAAUUAGGUCCCAACGGCGAAUAUAUUGAAUCCACCGUUCGAAAGACCUACGAGGAUCCGUUCACACUAGAGAUGAAGGAGCUAUACGAAUCUGUUUUGGAUAAUAAGAAGAUUAUCAAAACAACCGCGACGGAUGCGUUGGCGGAUAUUAAGAUUUUUCAAAUGAUAAUGAAGACUGGGUAUACACAGUUGCUAUAA